GGCUACACCGAACUAUGGGAAGCUUCGUUGACAACGCUUUUCCAGCAGGCGACGAAAGCGACGACAGCAAUGAUGAGUGGGACAUCGGGUCCGGAUCGGAUAAAAAAUCAUUUCGCAAUAAGGAUGUAGAUGCUAUUGUACCAGAAGCAGAAGAUAAUGUGUCAGUGUUUAAAAGAGCCAUCAGCAGGGGAGACAUAGCCACUGUUGAACAGCUGUUGGACAAUGGCAUGGAUGUGGAGACCAGACUUGGCCUUGAAUGGACUCCUCUGAUGUGUGCUGUCACUGUGGCUAAUUUUGACCUGGCCAAACUGCUACUGGACAGAGGGGCCAGUGCAAACUUCAGCAAAGAUCAUUGGACGGUGCUCAUGGCCAGCUGCACAGCGUCUGCCAGUGAAGACAAACUUGCUCGCUGUGUGGAGCUUCUGCUAUCCAGAAAUGCUGAUCCCAACCUGGUCAACAGGUCUCAAAUGACCUGUUUGAUGUUGGCAGCCAGGGACGGCUACAGCAAGAUCAUCAACCUGCUGGUCUCCCAUGGUGCAAAAAUUAAUUUCCAGGGUCACAACGGAUACACGGCUUUAUCAUUAGGAGUGCAGUAUGACAGAGAGGAGGCAGUGCUAAAGCUCCUCCAGCUGGGAGCUGACAAAACAUUAAGAACCAAAGCUGGCAAGAGUCCUGCGGACCUGGCAGGGAUCUUCAAACACACACAGAUAGGCAGGAUUCUUGCCUCUGCAUCCCACAUCUCUACUGUCCAGGCCUUCAGCUCCAUGGAGGAGACUCUCUCCAAGUUCUUCAAGACGAACUCUGAACCUCCACCGUCCAAGGAAAGUGUUACCAAGCUUGAUGAACUUGAGCUCCUCCUGCAUGGCCUCGAUCUUGACUACCUCAUUGACAUCAUGGCUGAAAAUGACAUCACCUGGAGCUACCUGUUGAGCAUGGAUAAGGAGGACCUGGAGAAGAUUGGAAUCACAGACCCAGCAGACCAGGAGAAGGUGCUAAGUGCUUUGCAGCAGAUGCACCUGGACAAAGUGGACCUUGACACAAUCAGCCAGCUGGGAGCUGCAGACAGUGGGAGUGAGGAGCUUCAUAACUUCCUGAUAAGUGUGAGGCAGCAGUGCUGCUACCUGACUGAGACAAUUCAGGACGUUGUCACCCGUUUCCCCCGCCAUCCCUCUCAGCUGGUUUUCUCUCUGGAUCCACAGAAGGAUGCUCAGGCGGUCUGCAGUCAGUUGCUAGUCCAAACUAAAGACCUGCAGAAGGAAGUCACCUGCCUCCGCAAUCUGUUAUGUCAGAUGGAGGAGACUGAAGAUUGUCAUCAGAUUCCUCAGGGUGGUUCCCAUAGCAACUGGACGACGCGGUCCCUGACCAGAGUGGCACUGAGCGCACUCGGAGCCUCCUUCCUCCUGUUCCUCUACAAAGCGUCGGUGAAGGUUAACCUGAAGAUGUAUAACAAUGUUUGCUAAACAACACGAAGGUUGUGUCAGUCUGUUUGUCAACCAUUUUUAAGUUUUUCAUGACUUCAAGUGAUAAAUUGUUUAAAGUGGAAUAAUAUGUUAAAAGAGACGAGACAGGUUCUUUCUAGUUCUGCUGUUGUAACACUUUCUUUUACUUUGCUCAAACUUGUCUUCAACCUGCAGUUCUGAAUUUUAUUUGAGUAUAUUUUAAGGGUUUAAUUAAGUUUCUUUUGAGGAACAAUUCUGUUCACAGUACAAUUAAGAGUGGAAUUAAAUUUCAAGUUUUCUGUUUCAAA